AUGGUUACGCUUCCAUAUCGCUUACAAUUUGUUGUCUCAUCAGUAUAAUAGCAUGCGAUUUCAUCGUGGAGGUAGCCGAAUAAUCUGUAUUUAGACUAGGCUCUCUAUUUAGCCGAUCAAAUUGACAAAGAGACCGACAUGAUGAGUAGAUUGAAUAUUUAGGCAACUCACACCGUUUCUGAUUCGACUGAAGAAAUAUCGUCAUCUUAGCCAUUGGAAUCGAAAUAUGCUAUAUAAAGCCAAUUUGAAUAUGGAUCUAUGGCAAAAUUGUUUUAUGGAAAAUGGGCUGAAUAUUUCACAGUCUCCAUUAUUGUGAUCUACUUAUAUGGAGCAGUUGUAGCUAAAGGAGUGAUGGUUGGAAAUUCCCUAUCUUCAGUUUUUAAAGGCAUCACCCUUGUUGAAGAAUAUUGGUUUUGGAUUGUCAUAUUUUUUGUACUUUGUGGAAUAUUGUCGUUCAAAGAUGUUGCGAGCAUUCAAAUAGUCUAGACAAUUGUUGCCAUGGCUCGUUAUUUAACUAUCCUUGCCAUGCUUGUAGGAUCUAUCCAAUAAAUGUCUUCUGCAUAAGAAAUCUAGGAGAUGCAAUGGUUCAACAUUGACGCAUUGCCACAAAUGAUUUCAACUGCAAUUUUCGCAUUUUUGAUGCACCAUUCAUCUCCUGGUAUGUUAAGACCAGUCAGACCAACUUCAGCUAUCAGAAAGAUCAUCUUUAUCAGCUUCAUUUUUGGUUUGCUCACUUUUCUAUUUGUAUGCUUGACUGCCAUUUGGGCAUUUCCAUUCAAAGAUCUUGCUGCAGCCAGCUUUUAUAAUUAACUCUUCAAUCAGGGCAACUUAAAAUGGGCCUAUUUUAUUAUUAGCUUUUACAUGUUUCUAAAUAUAGCUGCCCUCCCUGUAUUGACUAUCACCAUAAGGAAGAAUCUGAUGAAAUUAGUGGUUCCUCAUCUAGUACCCAAAGACAGUCUUAAAAUUACUUUACCAAGUGCUAUAUUCACUUUACUUAUUGUUGUGCCUUGUGCAUCGCUUGCCAUUUUGCUCAAAGAUGAGAUUGAGAUUAUCGUUGGUCUCACAGGAGGUGUGUGUGGAGUAUUCAUUUUGUUGACCAUCCCAGCUGCCUUAGUUUUACAGGGUCGUAAGAAACACACUGUCAAAUACGAGGAUAAUCCAUACAUUUCCUAAUUCUAACAUCCUUUCUGGACUUGGGGAUUGAUUGUACUUGGUUGUGUGUUUGUACCAUACAAUCUCUACAUGCAAAUCAAAAAGAUCAUUGAUCAUUAUGGUUGA